CGCUCGCAUGAAAUUGCACCUUAAUGCAACCGUUGUAUGAAACAUAACCUUAUGCUUGUGUUGCACGUGUAAUUUUAUUUAUUAAUCGUAUUAUAUUAAGUAUUAAAUCAUUGACCAUUUAAUAUGAAGUGUAGGAGUUGAAAAAAAUCACAUUUAUCACGUAAUUUAUUCGGAAAUAUUUCGAAAAAAAAAAAAAUUUUACAUUACAAUGACAAAUCAGCGAGUAGUCUCUUGUGGGUUAGAUUUCUGCUGUGCUGUAAAACUAAAUGACUGUUUAGCUUAUGCAAGUGAGUCAAAGUAUGAUUUUAUUUGUGUUCCUUUGGUUCAUCCUUUAUUUAAGAGAGAAUUUAUUUCUGGCGCUGCCAAAAAUCGUCCAGGACCAUUUACUAGACCUGACUUAAUUUUAUGUAGUUCGGAUUGGAAUAAUUUAGUAAUUGGAAAGUUUUCAUCACUUAUCAAUGUUGACUCGACUAAUCCAAUUGUUAGAAAGAAUAGUGAAGAAGCCUUGAUUCAGGAAUUAGGAUUGGCUAGCCAUUUUGGUUUAUCAGGUGUGACUUUUAAAUUAAGAGGUGGAGUCAACAAAAAUGUAAAUCUUGCAAGGAUAAUUUCUGACAAAAUAACAAAUAACAAUUGUACUUUCCAGGUAUGGAUACAAGUUCCUAUGGACAAUCCAAUUAAGCAAACCUAUUCUUAUAGAACAGAGGAUUGUCCAGAAGAAGAGACUCCAUGGGAAUGGUGGAAUACUUUUAGAAUAAUAUGUGAUUAUAAUAAAAAAUUAGGAGUUGCGUUAAUUGUCAGUCCUGACUUGCCUGAUGAGGAUGAGAUUAAUAGAUGGCUCGGAGAACCAGUGAGAUGUUUAAUUUUGCCAACAACAUUAUUUUUAACAAAUAAAAAAGGGUAUCCAGUACUGAGUAAAGCACAUCAAGUGGUAGUAAAAAGAUUUGCUGCAUUAGAAGUACAGUUCAUCUUAACAGGCGCGUCACGUUAUCAAAGUAUUAGUUAUUAUCAUAAUUACCUUGAUUAUCUAUGGAAGGGAUGCCAAAGUGAUGGAACAGUAGAAAAAUUUGCUCGAGGAUAUGAAGAUUAUCUGCAAUGUCCAUUGCAACCACUCAUGGAUAAUCUUGAGUCACAAACUUAUGAAAUAUUUGAGAAGGAUCCUAUAAAGUAUCGUGAAUAUCAGAGUGCUACAUAUGAAGCUAUUAAAGCAAUAAUAUUCAAAAUGGAGGAAAAAAGGACAAUAGUCAUUAUGGUUGUUGGUGCUGGAAGAGGUCCACUUGUAACUGCAUCUCUGAAUGCCGCGGAAAUGGCUUAUCAAGAAGUGAAAAUAUAUGCAGUAGAAAAAAAUCCUAAUGCCGUGAUAACUUUACAGGCCCUUCAAAGAGAGAUCUGGAAAGAAAAAGUUACAGUGAUAUCGUGUGAUAUGAGAGAAUGGAAUCCUCCAGAAAAAGCUGAUAUUAUUGUAUCUGAAUUACUUGGAUCUUUUGGCGAUAACGAAUUGUCCCCAGAAUGUUUAGAUAAUGUUCUUAAGUUCUUAAGAGAUGAUGGAAUUAACAUACCACAAUCAUACACAUCAUACAUAGCUCCUAUGCAAUCCUCUAAACUGUACAAUGAAGUAAGACAACUUAGAGAUAAAGAUAAACAUCCGUUAGCUCAUUUUGAAACUCCAUACGUAGUACAUCUUCAAAAUAAAUACGAUAUAGCAAACCCGAAACCACUUUUUACAUUCAAACAUCCAAAUACAGACGCUGUUAUUGAUAAUUCGAGAUAUGAGAUCAAGACUUUUCAAGUAGAUCAGAACUGCAUAUUACAUGGAUUUUCAGGAUAUUUCUCAGCAGUUUUGUAUGAACAUAUUACAUUGAGCAUCGAACCUAGUACCUAUAGUCAAGAUAUGUUUAGUUGGUUUCCUAUCUUCUUUCCACUUAAGGAACCAAUACAAUUGAAGGCAGGAGAUGAAAUAGUAGUUCAUUUCUGGCGCAGAUAUGAUUCUAAGAAAGUGUGGUACGAAUGGUGUCUCAGUAAACCCAUUCCCGUCUCAAUUCAUAAUUCAACUGGGCGUUCUUCCACUAUCGGAUUAUAAUGUAAUGAUUCUGUGAUCUGCGAUUAUUCCUUAUUUAGUUUAGAACUUCUUAAUUAUGUAUACGAUAUUAUGAUUAGAUUAUUAAGCAUCAACUAGUAUAGUUGAAUUUUUUUUAGGGAUAUUUAAACGGUAUUAAAUAUCCGAAUAUUUUUGCAUUAAUUUUAUUUCAAAUUGUUUAAAUUACUGGACGCAUUAAUACAAGUUAGUGUGAUUAGAAGUUUCAAUGACUUGAUAUAACGUAAAAUUAAUAUAAAUUUUUUAUUUACAUAUAUGACGCAACAAACAUUUAUUCUGAAACAAAUGUUUAUUUUAGCGUUAUUCAAAUGUUUGUUUCACUUGUGUUUUAAAGAUAUACACAAAUAUAAUUCUUGUCAUCCAAUAUUUAUUUAUCAUUAAAUAAUAAUCAAUGAUAAUGCACAACAAUGAAUAAUAGAACUCGUACGUAGUUGCAUAAGAAAUAUGUGAAUAUUUCCUUGCAAAUGGUUUUUUAUGUAAUCAUGGAUCUCUUAAUAUGAUGCUGAUGUCUGAGGUCACUGAUAAUCAAUGAGGUCUUUGAUAUGGUAGAAUUUUGAUAACUGUAUUAUUAGAUGUUCUUGGAGCGUACUGUUAAUGUCUUUUUAAACGCACGUGAUUCGGAAAACAUCUAAAUUCUACAUAUAAGAUUGGCGUUAAAUGCAUAUUAUCUACAAUAAUAAAUAUAUAUGUAUUCUUUAUAAUGAAUGUUAUGUAAUGACAAAUAAUUUUUCAAUUUUUUAUAUAAAUACCUCUGAUUUAUUUAAAAUCUUUCUAAAAUAAUUAUCCUAUCAGACUCUAUAUAUUAUGUGUGUAAAUUAAGUUACCUUAUAUUUCAUUAUAUAUUUCAUUAUAAUUUAAAAAAAAAACAUGAAAAAGAGCAAAAGAUACAUGUACUAUUUACAGAUGUAGAUAAUAUUGCUCAUGAUUCAUGGGACCAAAGUAUUUAUAAGAAAUGCUUAUAUUUUCUCUCAUUUAAUUCUAGACAUUUGAUUUGGUACAAAAUCAAAAAACACUUAAUCUCAAAUAUAAAUUACAAAUAAUUAAAUAAUAAAGCUUUAGAUAACUAUUAUGAAAUGAAAUAAGAUAAAACUCAUCUUAAUGUAAAUUAAAAAUAAUUAUGCAAGAUAGAAGCAAUUGAUCUUUUCUAAAAUGUACAAGAAUGUGAUUUAAUGUGAAAAAUUUAGCUGCGUUAAGAAUGUAAUUUGAAAGAACAAUGAUUUUUAUUUGAUAAAAAACAUUGGAUUUUAUUGUUUUUUUAUAAGUCAAAAAAUUAUGUGUGCAGUUUUUAAAGUUAUUUUUAUAUUAUCUAAUAGUGCUCAAUUAGAACAAAUAUAAUUUUAAAAUUGAGUCUCUCUGUGGAUCUCUAAUGUAAAAUUUAUAUAUAUUAUUUAUUUUAAGAAAUUGCACAUUUCAAUUUAUGUUAAUUCGUGCAGUCCGAAAAUAUUAUUCUCCAGACUAUGAUUUAACAAGUAGCACAUCUAAAUACUGACGAUGCUGGUUGAUAGCAGAAAUAUAAAAUUAAUUUGAUUGCUCAAAGACUGGAGGUUGUUUUCUAUUUGUACUUGCGAUUGUUGUACGCUUAUAUUUGUUACGCAAUCAAUGUAUUUAGGGUUGAGAAAAGUAAACCAAGAUU